AUGGAACUAUACAAUUCUAUCAUAUCGACCAAUUGGAGCGAAACCAAUCUCAAGAACUUUAUCCUUGUCGGAAAUCGGCUCGCCGAGUACAUCGAUAGUAAUCCGAGUCAGAAACUCAAAGCCAACGUGCCUUAUCUCUUUCAUAUCGCUUCGAAACUGGAGUGCCGCCCAUUCUCAGCGUCGAAGCUGUGGCCCACCGCAUUCAAUAAUACGUGUGUUCAGUACCUCCCUCCCCCGAUGACGGGGAAUGACAGCAAGGCGCUAGAAGAGAUACUGGCUUCGAUACCGCAACCACCGACAGAGUCGCAAUCGAAGAAGCCCACUUCCCGCCACAAAGGUGCCGAACCCUCUCUUGACAUGGGCGCUCAAAGCCAACUCGGUGGCGGAAGAAGGGUGGACAACGCGGCUACCGCUGGCACUGGGUAA